AUGUCUACUAUCCCUGAGGCUUUGCUGCCAUCCAAUUAUGUUGGCUUUGACACUAUUACCAGCCAGAUCGAGCACAGGCUCUUGAAGAGAGGGUUUCAAUUCAACAUCAUGGUAGUAGGCCACUCCGGUUUAGGUAAAAGUACGCUGAUUAACACGCUUUUCUCUUCGCAUUUGAUUGAUCCUGCCACUGGCGAAGAUAUCUCUAAGCAGCCAAUUACCAAGACCACCGAGAUGAAGGUUUCCUCGCACACACUGAUCGAAGACCGUGUGCGUCUGAAUAUAAAUAUCAUUGACACGCCAGGCUUUGGUGACAACAUCAACAAUAACAAGGUCUGGGAACCAAUUGUCAAGUACAUCAAAGAACAAUACUCACAGUACCUACGUAAAGAGUUGACCGCUCAACGUGACAGAUACAUCCCUGACACCAGAGUACACGCUAUCCUAUAUUUCUUACAGCCAAACGGCAAGGGGCUCACCGCUCUGGAUGUCGCAACUCUUAAGAGAUUAACUGAGAUCGCUAACGUUAUCCCAGUUAUUGCAAAGGCUGACACUCUGACGAUCGAUGAGAGAACCAAGUUCAAAAAGAUUAUCCAAAGCGAAUUUGAAAAAUACAACUUUAGAAUCUACCCUUAUGACUCUGACGACCUUACUGAGGAUGAACUAGUGCUAAACAAAAGUAUAAGAUCUGUUAUACCAUUUGCAGUGGUGGGCUCCGAAAAAGAAAUCGAGGUCAACGGUGAAACCUUCAGAGGCAGAAAGUCUCGUUGGGGUGCCAUAAACGUCGAAGACAUUAACCAAUGCGAUUUCGUGUAUCUAAGGGAAUACCUGAUCAGAACACAUUUGCAAGAUUUGAUCGAGACGACAUCUUUUGUUCACUACGAAGGUUUCAGGUCCAGACAACUGAUUGCCUUGAAGGAAAAUGCUAACAACCGUGCCUCUAGUCAAAUGGGCGGAAACCAGCCCUACCAACGUUAA